CCUGGCUUAUAAAUCCCAGCAGGACGCUGAAACCCUCAGGUAGAUGAUGUGAGGGGUUACUGGUAAUAGGUGUGUGGAUGGGGCUUAGCUCGUAGCGGGGUUUCUGGAAACUGUGUUUGCGGGAGUUUAAAUUGUGUGCUAGUAUUUUUUAAUCUGGUUAUUUAGGUUUUCGACCCUGCAGAGAUGGCGGAUUGGAAGGUACCGGUGAGCUACAACUACAGUCCGUCAUACCAUGCUUAUGCGUACGGGUUGAUGUAUCCGCAAGCACCUGAGCAAACCCACGCUAACAUGAACUGGGCCGAGGCCGCUUAUGGCUCUUCUGUAGGGGUGACGGGAGGAUACUACACCGCUCAGCCGCCGUCUUCUCAAACUCCUCCCGGGAGUCCGGAAUACAACAACCCGAGCUCUGAAGGUCCUUACCCGGGCUCGAUGGUUUACUACACUGACUCGAAGGCGCACGCGCAGACCGGUCGCCUUUUCCUCUCACACAACCGGGUUGAGUUUGACCAAACGAGUAAGGAGCAGGAGCGAGCAGGCAGUGACACACCGAGCGACUCCGAGGCCCAUACACCAGAUUCUUGGAGUUCGGGUAGCAGUCGUGAAGGCAGUGCAGCUCAGGUGGAUGUAGAUCUCCCUGACUGGGCUAAAAAAGAGGGCGCAAACAAGCCCGACAGCGGCAGUCCCGAUGGUAGCGAGGUUGUGUCCAGCUCUCUGUCAGCGGCCUCAGAAGGCCCGAAUUGUAUGAAUGUGGAUGGAGAUUAUGAAGUACCAGCGUUGUCCGCAUCAGCUCCGUCCUCUGAUCCGGUGGCGGCGCAGCAGCCGCGCAAGGCCAAAGCUCGCACCGCUUUCUCUGAGAAACAGAUGAGCGCGUUAAACGACCGCUUCAACGUGCAGAGAUACCUCACCCCUGCCGAGAUGAAGACUCUAGCAGGACUCACCGGGCUCACUUACAAACAGGUGAAAACCUGGUUUCAAAAUCGCAGAAUGAAACUAAAGAGGCACCAGAAAGAUAACAGCUGGGUGUCCGAGAGGUACAUCACUGCUGGGAUUCCUACCACACAGACUACACAUUCUCAGUUCCAGGUAGAUGCACCAAUACUGAGCCAAGACCUUUACAAUACAUCCCAGUUUAGAGAUGUGGUAUUCAAGAGCAGCCCUCCACAGACUCCCUCCUGUUACCUUAACUACUCUCGGCCCCUGUCCCCUUCCCAGGUCUCACCUAGGCCUCAGGGAAGUUGGCGUCUGCCCCCAGCUGUGCAGCACUAUGAAUUCCUCAAUCCUUCCAGCUAUGUGCCAGUUGGUGGGAAUGCUGGUACUGGUGAUGUUGGCACUGUUGAUCCAGGCAGCAGCCCUACGCAGAUGGCCACAGUGCACAAUGCCACACAGUGGUCAUCGUGAUCAACUGCACUUGGCUGCCUGUGGUUUUGUGAGAUUGUGUGUAAAUAGUUUGCUUUUGAUUAUAGCCCAGGCUUUAUGGGGGUUUAUCCACUCAUGAGGGGCCCAGGUCUGAUGGAAUUUGAUUUUCUUUGCUCUCUUUAUUGAGUGUUUGAGCAGGAUUGUUUGUGAACCUUGACCCUCCAAGACUGGAAUGGGGAAACCCUUUUGUAGACUCGGUGAAUAACUUUGCUGUAAGGAGCUGUUAGAUUUUAAAAUUUGCUUCAAACGGUCAUGUACAAAUCUGUAAAUGCUUUGAGCAUGGAAAUUUUUUGUCUUUUACUUUUAUAUGGAAGAUCUAUUUUUAUAACUUCAAUGAACCUUCCAGAGUAUUUAAUGUCUUAUCAGGAAUUCUUGUUCUUUUUAAUCCCUUCAAUGCUAAAGUUGUUCUUUAGCCCCUGUCUUUCAAACUGUGCUUUCAGAACCACUCUUGCCUAUACUA